UUCCACCUAAAACGUUUAGUUUCAGCUCAGUGAUCAGCUACCCCAGCUCGGCGGGGGAGCGGAAGGCUUGAAUUAUUCCGACCUGUGAGCGGCCCCUGGCACCAAAAAAAAAAAAAAAAAAAAGGCACAAAAAAGUGGAAACUUUUUUUUCCCUGUCCAUUCAUUCCUUCAAGUCCAGAAAAAUCAAAAUGGAUUUAGAGAAAAAUUACCCGACUCCUCGGACCAGCAGGACAGGACAUGGAGGAGUGAAUCAGCUUGGGGGGGUUUUUGUGAACGGACGGCCACUCCCGGAUGUAGUCCGCCAAAGGAUAGUGGAACUUGCUCAUCAAGGUGUCAGGCCCUGCGACAUCUCCAGGCAGCUUCGGGUCAGCCAUGGUUGUGUCAGCAAAAUUCUCGGCAGGUAUUAUGAGACGGGAAGCAUCAAGCCUGGGGUAAUUGGAGGAUCCAAACCAAAGGUCGCUACGCCCAAAGUGGUAGAAAAAAUCGCUGAGUAUAAACGCCAAAAUCCCACGAUGUUUGCCUGGGAGAUCAGGGACCGGCUGCUGGCGGAGCGGGUGUGUGACAAUGACACAGUGCCUAGCGUCAGUUCUAUCAACAGGAUCAUCCGGACGAAAGUACAGCAGCCACCUAACCAGCCAGUCCCAGCUUCCAGUCACAGCAUAGUGUCCACGGGCUCCGUGACGCAGGUGUCGUCGGUGAGCACGGACUCGGCCGGCUCGUCGUACUCCAUCAGCGGCAUCCUGGGUAUCACUUCCCCCGGCGCUGACACCAACAAGCGCAAGAGAGAUGAAGGUAUUCAGGAGUCUCCAGUGCCGAAUGGUCACUCGCUUCCGGGCAGAGAUUUUCUCCGGAAGCAGAUGCGGGGAGACCUGUUCACGCAGCAGCAGCUGGAGGUGCUGGACCGCGUGUUUGAAAGGCAGCACUACUCGGACAUCUUCACCACCACGGAACCCAUCAAGCCCGAGCAGACCAGUGAGUAUUCAGCCAUGGCCUCGUUGGCUGGUGGACUGGACGACAUGAAGGCCAACCUGGCCAGUCCCACCCCUGCUGACAUCGGGAGCAGCGUGCCUGGCCCGCAGUCCUACCCCAUCGUGACAGGCCGUGACUUGGCGAGCACGACCCUCCCCGGGUACCCUCCGCACGUCCCCCCCGCCGGACAGGGCAGCUACUCAGCACCGACGCUGACAGGGAUGGUGCCUGGGAGUGAGUUUUCUGGGAGUCCCUACAGCCACCCUCAGUAUUCCUCGUACAAUGACUCGUGGAGGUUCCCCAACCCGGGGCUGCUUGGCUCCCCCUACUAUUACAGCGCCGCUGCUCGAGGAGCUGCCCCACCUGCAGCCGCCACUGCCUACGACCGUCACUGACCCUCGGAGCCAGGCAGGCACCAAGCACUGAUGACACAUAUCAUUGAGGGUGAUAGCCUCCCAGCCCCUCCGAGGCGGCCAGAGGGGCCCACGAGACCAUCCCCCAGCCCCCCCCCCCACUCGCCUGAAGCUCCUCUUUCCCCUCUUCCUGCUGGGACUCUGGGGUUCUGUGGUGGGGCUUUUGGACUUCUGGAUGCUUGUCCAUUUCUAAAAGCUAAUUGAUGAGCUUCUCCCCAUGGCCGUUGGGUCUCUGCAAACCAACAGCCUGCUCUACAGACAGCUGUAGCCCCAGCCCAGCCUGCCAGUCCCCCAGCUAUCUGACCAUCCGUCUGUCCAACCACCCCAGGCCCGGGAAGGAGAUCUCGCUUUUGUUGCUUCAGCAGCGCCCAUGUA